AUGGCAAGAUCGCUGAGGCUGGCUCAAGCGGGCCCUACGCAGAAAAUAAUCGCAGAGCAGGUGCAGGACUCCCCGCCACGUGUAAACUUUCAACUCAAGGGGACCCUUGAAUUCUACUUUCCCGCCUUUAAAAGAUCACGCAAGUCGAGCCUCCACCAAUUUCUCCAAAAAAAAAAAGCCUCCUCCAAGCGGCUCAUAAUAUCAUAUUCAAAUUUUCGGUUCUUCCAGAGAAUUUCGAAUGCUCUGAGCCUCUGUCACUCUCUGUCUCAGACUAUCAAGAGUGCUUCAGAAAGCUUAGAGAAGCGGAAACAAGCGCUUGGAAUUCUGCUCGCUAGAGAUCGUGAAGAUGAUCGCCAGUCUGAAAGCGAGUUCUCUUUCGUGUUUCCUGUCGAUUACGGGCGGGUGUUUCUGCUGAUAUGGCUUGUUUUCGUCCGUUCAGUGAUAUCUCAAGGAAUCAAUUCUGGAGAUGUGAAGAAGCUGCAAGAUGCAGGGAUCUACACCUGCAAUGGCCUUAUGAUGCAUACAAAGAAGCACUUGACCGGGAUCAAGGGCUUGUCUGAGGCUAAGGUUGAUAAGAUAUGUGAAGCUGCAGAAAAGAUAGUGAAUUUUGGUUACAUGACUGGCAGUGACGCUCUACUCAAACGUAAGGCAGUUAUCCGCAUCACAACUGGAAGCCAAGCACUAGAUGAACUGCUGGGAGGCGGUGUGGAAACUUCAUGUAUCACAGAAGCCUUUGGAGAGUUCAGGUCUGGGAAGACGCAGCUUGCACAUACACUCUGUGUGUCCACUCAGCUACCCACCAACAUGAAUGGAGGGAAUGGCAAAGUUGCUUACAUAGAUACUGAAGGGACAUUCCGCCCUGAUAGAAUUGUUCCAAUUGCGGAAAGAUUUGGCAUGGAUCCAGGAGCAGUGCUUGAUAAUAUCAUUUAUGCUCGGGCAUACACUUAUGAGCACCAGUACAAUCUGCUCCUUGGUCUGGCAGCAAAAAUGUCUGAAGAACCAUUCAGACUUUUGGUUGUGGACUCUGUGAUUGCUCUUUUCCGAGUGGAUUUCACUGGCAGAGGGGAACUUGCUGAUCGACAGCAAAAGCUGGCACAGAUGCUAUCCAGAAUGACCAAGAUAGCUGAGGAAUUCAACGUCGCUGUCUACAUGACCAACCAAGUGAUUGCUGACCCUGGCGGUGGAGUAUUCAUAUCAGACCCCAAGAAACCGGCAGGAGGGCACGUGCUAGCACAUGCUGCCACAAUCAGGCUGAUGUUCAGGAAAGGCAAAGGCGAGCAACGUGUCUGCAAGAUAACACCAGGAGGCAUUGCAGAUGCGAAGGACUAA